CUUUGGGGUAGUUUGAACGGCGGCAAGGCUCGAAUCGACUCCUAUCUCUGGAUCUACUUCCUUUUCGUAUUUCACGGUAAUUUUUUUUCGUAAAAUUAUCUACCAAUAAUUUUUUUGUAGAGAGUGAUGUAAACAAUUUCGAAGUGAUGAGUCCCCCAGCAUAGUCUCUCCACGUUCAUAAAGGUUACUUUGAUUAUUACCAGACGUUUUUUGUGUGUCCUCAUUGGACCAACCACCAAAAAAAAAAGAAUCGAGAAAAAGAAUAUACCUUUUUUGCGACGAAGUCAGUGAACUCUUAUCUGUUUAUAAUAGAAAAAUAGGAAUUUUGUUGGCGUGAGAAGAUAACUAAUCGAGUAUGGCUCAUUCUGUGCGAGUAGAACGCAGCAUACAUGAGAUGCUAAAGGAUACACCGUCCAUGAAUGAAAGUGAUAAUGCAGUUCAUACAGGAACAGAGGAUUCAAGUAGCUGCCCACCCCCUUUCAAGUCGCCACCCACAAGUUUGUCUCUAAGAAACCAUUCAGCACCCACAACGCCUAUGUCUCCCCGAAGUCCACAUAAUGGUAGUGUAGAUACCAGUUUACUACGUACCGGUGCCUCGAAAAUUGACAGUAUAAAAAAUUGGAGUAUAUCUACAUACAAGUGCACGCGGCAAAUAAUGCUCGAAAAGUUGGGAAAGUCGCAGCGUACUGUAGACUCGGAAUUAGAGGCACAUAUUGAACAGUUGCGUGACACACAGCGCAAAUACCUGUCCGUUUUACGACUGGCCAGGGCAUUUAGUUCUCAUUUUCACCAUGUAGUCGUAACCCAGCAUGCGUUGGCCGAUGCCUUUGCCGACUUGGCUCAAAAGAAUCCAGAGCUUCAAAAGGAAUUCACAUGUAACUCCGAAACCCAACGAUCAUUAACAAAAAAUGGGGAACUACUUUUGAAUGCCUUGAAUUUUUUCAUAUCAUCGGUAAAUACAUUGUGCAAUAAGACCAUUGACGAUACCCUGCUCACGAUAAGGCAAUACGAAACUGCCAGAAUUGAGUUUGAUGCAUAUCGCAUGGAUUUAGAAAAUAGCAAACCUGAAAUACCUCAGUCAUCAACAGCAGAGGAUUUGCAAAAGAAUUACACUCAACACAAGGAACUCUACGAAAAAUUGAGAGAUGAUGUUGCUAUAAAAAUGCAAUUUCUGGAUGAGAAUAGGAUCAAAGUAAUGCAUAAACAAUUGGUGCUCUUGCACAAUGCAAUUUCGGCCUACUUUUCUGGAAAUGCAACUGCUCUUGAAACAACGCUGAAACAAUUCAAUAUAAAGUUAAAAUCUCCUAAUUCCGUAACAGGGUCAUGGCUGGAACAGUAGUAAUCCGUUUUACUGAAUAUCUCUUCUAUAAUAUUCCUUGAAAAGCAAAACCAAAAGUAUUUUCUCUUGUCCAUUCAUAUAUUCUUAUGGUUAAUUAACUAAAGAACAAACAUAAAAUGAAUAAAUCGUACGUAUAUGUAUUUUUAUGGCUUUUUAUGUACUAAAUAUAUUUACGAACUUGUAUUUAAA